CCACUCGUCUGGCUCAUCAUCAUCCUCCACUUCUUCGACGGGGGGAUUCUUUCUCUCGUCCUUGUUUGUCAUUGUUCUGUCGCUGUUCCUUGACCCGAGAGUUGUAGUUGCAGAGAGAAACUUCCGAGAUCCGAAGUUGCACGGUUGAACCGUUCCUCCGCCAUGGCGACAACCCCCAACCUGACCGGUAAAAAGGUCAACGUUCUUGUUUAUUCUGGAAAUGGCACUACCGUCGAGUCUGUCCGCCACUGCCUUUACUCCCUCCGCCGCCUCCUGGCCCCUCACUACGCCGUGAUCCCCGUCACUGCCGACAUGCUCCUCCACGAACCUUGGACCCUGACCUGCGCAUGCCUAGUUUUUCCCGGCGGUGCCGAUAUGGGCUACUGUCGUGCCCUCAACGGCGCCGGGAAUCGUCGCAUCGAGCAAUUCGUCAAGCGUGGGGGUACCUAUCUUGGUUUCUGUGCGGGGGGCUACUAUGGCUGCGGACGGUGUGAGUUUGAGGUCGGCGAUAAGACUCUGCAAGUGAUUGGUGAGCGCGAAUUGGCCUUUUUCCCCGGCACCUGUCGCGGCGGUGCAUUCCCCGGCUUUGUCUAUCAUAGUGAGGCCGGGGCCCGCGCUGCGGAGGUGAAGGUGUGCAAGGAUGCUUUAAGUGCGGGCAUUGUCCCGGAUCAGUUCCGCUGCUAUUACAACGGUGGCGGUGUGUUUGUUGAUGCAGCGCGAUACGCCGAGAAGGGCGUAGAGGUGCUGGCUAGUUACUCAGAGGAGGUCAAUGUUGACCCUGGUGAGGGCGGUGCCGCUGCCGUCGUCUACUGCCGCGUGGGUGAGGGAGCGGCCAUUCUCACAAGUCCGCAUCCAGAGUUUGCAGCGGUCAACCUGGACAAGAAGAAUGGGGGCACGGAUUAUGCCAAGGUGGUCGACGCGCUGGCGGCGGACGAUACUGGACGGACUGAUUUCCUCAAAGCGUGUCUGGUGAAACUGGGCUUACAGGUGAGCCAGACAACGACGACCGUACCAUCACUCUCGUCGCUGCACCUGUCAGCGCUGGAGCCUACGGACACAGCCAACCUCGUAGCCUCGUGGAGUGAGCAUAUCAUCAAGGAUUGCGAUAAGGAAGUUCUCAAGGAUGAGAACGACACAUUCCGCAUCGAACGUCCCGGGACUUGGAACCUGGGUGAGCUGGAGGCCUCGCUCCCCACCCAGCCGGAAACGCCGACGGAGACGCCGACGGAAGGUAUUGUGGAUUACAACGCGAUCGUCAAGCGGCUGGUGGUGCAUGACGAUGUACCCUCAUCUAAGCUGACGCCGUAUUUCAACCACCAUGCUUUCUAUUCGCACCUGCGUCAGUACCAGGCGCAGUCCCGCGAGGGCGCCUCUGAAUUUGGUGCCAAUCUGGUAUACGGAGAAGUAGUCACCAGCACGAAUACCAUCUUGGAAAAAAACCCGAAACUGCUGCGCACACUGCCCACAGGAUUCACUGCUACGGCCACAACACAGGUUGCCGGUCGGGGUCGGGGCUCCAAUGUCUGGGUGUCGCCUGCAGGGGCAUUGAUCUUCUCGACGGUCCUGCGACACCCAAUGGAGAAGAUUCAAUCCGCCCCGGUGGUGUUCAUUCAGUACUUGGCCGCGAUGGCGGUGGUGCAGGGCAUCAAGCGCUACGACGAAGGCUACGACGCCAUGCCAGUCAAGAUGAAGUGGCCUAAUGACGUGUAUGCGCUGGACCCGGAGCACCCCGAAAAACAGCAAUACUCGAAGAUUUGCGGUAUCUUGGUGAACUCGCACUACUGCGCCAACGAGUACAUCUCGGUGGUGGGAAUCGGGGUGAAUGCGACCAAUGCAUCCCCAACCACAUCGCUGACCGCGUUGGCGAAGCGGUUCUUGGGUCCAAAGGCGGCCCCGAUAACCUUGGAGAAGCUGCUGGCGCGGAUUUUAACCGUGUUUGAGGAGCUGUACGAGCGAUUCCUGCGAACGGGCUUCGACCGGCAGUUUGAGGAUCAGUACUACGCAGACUGGCUGCAUAUGCACCAGGUGGUGACCCUAGAGGAGGCUGGAGGUGCACGCGCUCGCAUCCAAGGCAUAACUCGGGACUACGGACUGUUGCUGGCGCAGGAGCUGGGCUGGGAUGACCGGCCGACGGGUCGUGUGUGGCAGCUACAGAGCGACAGCAACAGUUUUGAUUUCUUCCGAGGGUUGGUGCGGCGGAAGAUUUAGUAUUGGGUAGUGGUGUUGUUGCUGAUAACGGUGACGAUGAUGUCGAUGACACGGUUGAUAGACAUGAGUAGAUACAAUAGAUGAUACACC